ACACAGGUAGCGCCGACGAUGAUGAGGGUUUUAUGUUAAUUCAAAUCCGGAUGUCGUAUUGAUAUUAUUCCCUACACUUCGUAGGGUACAUUCAGAUCUAUUUAGUGCUUCUGGGGACAGCAUACGAGAUGUAUCAAGUAUGUGUUCCUCACCGACAACAUUACCUACAACGACCACGAUAGCAAGAACAGACACAGCUACACGCGUGCUGAGACAAUGUUCGCACACCUUGAUAUUUCUUACCUGUGGAUGGUAGUUGCGGUGUUGUUACCGGUAUUGACAACAGGGAGGAAUGUGCGCAUUGUUUCUUCUGGCUCCUCCGCCGUUUCUGAGGGGAUUCUGGAGGUGAAUCUUACCGGAAGUUGGCAGGUCCUUUGUGUCUGGGGUUUUGGUGACGUAGAGGCACACGUUGCCUGUAGAGAGCUCGGAUAUGUUGGAGGAACUGCCCUUCCAAUAGCUGCGUACGGACCCCAUUCUGGGGUCUACACGACUCCAUUCAGGGGUUGCAAGGGCGAUGAAACUUCUCUACUCGAUUGUAGUUUUGAUAGCCGGGGGCAUGAGGAUAUCUGUCGCGGACAAGAUACCUAUUAUCCUUCAGUCCACUGCUACAAUGAGAUCACGACACAGCAAGGCGCGUCUGUGAAUUUGACGAAUGGCUACCAUGGCGACGUCGCCUACUUCCAGUCUGGUGUUUGGGGUCAGGUUUGUCUGACGUAUUGGAGCGACAACGAGGCUGCCGUAGCAUGCCGUGAACUUGGAUACAAAGGGGGCGUAGCCACAAGGGCGGAGUCUGCAGACGAUCAGCCUUUCACACUCACCGGGAUCCGGUGUCAUGGAAACGAAAGUAAACUGUUUGACUGCAAGCAUACUUUGGAGAUCUGUUACGAUACUACACAUCGAGCGGCUGUUGUCUGUUACAAUUCAGGCCUGUCCGUCUACCUAGCGGACGGAGACAGGAAGAGUGGCCGUGUGGAGAUAGAAUAUGAUGGGGUGGACGGAUUCCUGACCCUUUGUGGAUUAGAUCAGCCCGGCACUCAUGACAGUAAAACCGCCUCCUUAAUAUGUCGUCGACUGGGAUUUGCAACCGGUUCAAUUAUAAGCAAUACACCCGCGCAAGGCGACAUUUAUUGGACCAUUGAAGAGUGUGAUGGAACUGAAAAUAACAUAUUCAUGUGUCGGAACAAGGGAUGGCUACCAGACAGAACGUCUGAUUGUUCCACCGAUGGUAACAUCGUGGCUGUAUCGUGUAGUGUUGGGGUCAAUUUAGUUGGAGGUAUAACAACAGACAACGUUACCAUGGGGAUGGUUGAGAUGUUUGCCAACGAAAAAUGGACCACCGUUUGUUCGCAUGACUUUGGUCAAAACGACGCUGUGGUGGUCUGUCGACAGUUGGGAUUUACUGAUGCACAACGUCUACUUCCGGACAUGUUCGGACGCUUUCGAUUCUCAAUUUUCGCGACUGAAUUGGCUUGUAUUGGAAAUGAGACCUCACUUAGUGACUGUGCCCAUACAACCGAUUAUUGUCAAUAUUCUAGUCAUGCAAGUGUGUUGUGUACUAUUGGACAAGUACCUGCAGAUUUCAAGGCGAGUCUGUCGCAUGGCAAUCACGGUACCGUUUUGAUAGAGAGGUACGGAAUGGUAGGUACGGUAUGCCGACAUGGCUGGGACGAUCAUGAUUCUAAGGUACUAUGUAGUCAGCUAGGAUACAGCGGGGGCGUGGCUCUCGGUACCAAGACCAUAACAACUCGAUACAAUCCAAUAUGGCUGUCGGCCGUUAAUUGUACCGGUCAGGAAAAUCGGAUCCAAGAAUGUGUCUCCGAGUUGUUAUCCAUAGAUCCUGCUUGUGGAACGGAUAUGUCGUCUGCUGGGGCCUUAUGUUUCAAUGAUACGGAGCCAUCUGUAAAUUUAGCCGGGGGCAGUAAGUCUGGCGAAGGAAGAGCGGAAAUGACGUAUGCUGGUGUUUCUGGGACAAUAUGCGACUUUGGCUGGACAGCUAACGAUGCAAAAGUGUUAUGUAGGCAGCAAGGGUUUCCGAAUGGAAUUCCAAAAAGAAACUCGUUCUUCGGCCAAGGGGUGGGACCUGUUUAUCUCGAUCAGGUCGAGUGUGACGGGACAGAGUCCAGCAUCCUGUCUUGUCCUAACUUUGGUUGGAACAUGUCCUCACAUGGUUGUAACGCCCACAAUGAUGACGCUGGCGUCAUCUGUCUUCCUUGGGCUUCGUUGUUAACCAGUAGGUAUUAUGGUCCUGUUACGUUCUGGGACGACAAGUUAUCGAACUAUGGUUUGGUAUGCGAUGACGGUCAUUUCGGAAACGUAGCUGCGGAAAUUUUGUGCAAAGAACAAGGGAAUCAGAAUGGCAUUACCGUGCGAUGUUCCACGUUCGGCGAGAUGUCGAAUCCCUAUGCGAUUUCAAACGUCAACUGCAACGGAACUGAGACAAAGUUGGCAGAUUGCAAAUACGAAAGCACAAACUAUUGUCCGACCAACGAAUAUAUCAGUGUGGUGUGUGCGGUCGUCUGGUCACCUUCAGCAACACAAUUACAGCUUCAAAAUGCUGACCAUGGAUACGUAAAAGUGUCUCAUUUCCACCAAUACGGCUACAUCUGUUCUGAGGGAUUCGAUGACGUGGACGCCACUGUGAUCUGUAAGAUGAGGGGACAUCUAUACGGAACUGCCUAUCGACAUCAUACACAGACUGAAAAGUUGGGAAAUAUCCACAAAAAUAACUUCCGCUGGUUGUCAAAUCUUAACUGCAGUUCAACAGCGAACACGCUCGACGACUGUGACCUUAAGUGGGGUGAAACAUGUAAAUGUGAUUACAGGACUGUCGCUGGAGUGUUUUGUCUAUCACAACCAGAAGCCGCUAUGAUAGAACUGGAAAAUGGAACGGCCAUGGAAGGCAGACUAUUGGUCAGAGUCAAUGCAGAUACCAAAGGUUCGGUAUGCGGCGACUACUUUUCUCAUAACGAGGCUGACGUUGUAUGCCGUCAGCUAGGUUACCGUUCUGGAAUCUCGUUGGAUGCCGGUAGCCAUGGUAACGCUGUCGGUACCUACUUCUUGGACUCGAUGAAAUGUAAUGGAAACGAAACAAGCUUCUUGGAUUGUGCCAUAGAACCCCACUACCACUUUGUAACAUGUCGGUCGGGCGCAGCCGCAGUCAAAUGCUACAAUAAUGUAAGACUAACAUCAGGAUCAAUGAAGCCUAACUUCGGUCGUGUCGAACUACACAACGGACAGCGCUGGGAGGCAGUGUGUGACGACAACUUCGACGAUACAGAGGCACGUGUUGUGUGCGCGUCGCUAGAAUACGUCACGGGACGGAGUCAAUGUUGUUCAAGUUUUGGUCCUCAGCCAGUCGACGUGGAGAUACAGGUGACGAACAUGACAUGUGACGGGACAGAGGACAGACCACAGGAUUGUUUUUACGACACAACGGGUGCAUGUCCUUCAAAUCGGUACGCCUCCGUGCUCUGUUCAACAAUGUCAACACUGGAAGACAUAACCGUUCGAUUGCCGGAAAAUUCGUACUACGGUCCUGUGCAGGUGCGUCGCUACGGUACUUGGGGAUAUGUAUGUGCUACCGGUUGGGAUGACGAAGAUGCGGAUGUGACGUGUCGGACGCUAGGAUACAGGUCAGGAAAGGCUGUAAGGAAUCUUGUAGAUGAUGCUGAUGUCAUCAUCCUUGGCAAUGUCAAAUGUAGGGGUGUGGAACAACAUUUCGGCGACUGUAUUCAGGACAAGUUCGGCGCAGACACUGGCUGCUAUAACAGAGAAGCUAUAGCUGGUGUUAUUUGCUUGAACACGACAGAUGCAUUGGAUUUUAAAAUUAGAGGAACUGGAAAGUCAUCCGCCCUUUACAUACACACUGACAACAAUUACUUAUAUAUCGAUAAAUCUGAGUUUGAUGACGUCGCCGCGUCUUUGGUAUGUAAAGAAAUGAACCAAACAUAUGUGGACGGAUCAGCAUUCGGGUUUAUAUCUCAUAUACCAGGCGUCGUGAAAUUCCAUUGUACUGGAAGAGAAGAUUCCGUCUUUGCCUGCAUCGGGGACUGGGAUCCAACGUUAAUGGAAUCUGUAACAAUCGCCUCUGUCAAUUGUCAUCGUGGAGUGAAGCUUGUUGGCGGGAGGAGUCACUAUGGUAUCGUGGAGGUGUACAAUGACGAUACAUGGGGGACAAUUUGUGCCACCACAUUCAGCGAUUCUGAUGCAGGUGUAGUGUGUAGAAACCUUGGAUUUGACGACGGGAUUUCCCUGUGUUGUUCACCUUUUGGUAAAGCCGACAGCUCUGUGCUAGUAUCCUCUCUUCAGUGUUCGGGCACAGAGUCAUAUAUAAGACAGUGUCGCGCUACAUUUCUACAUCCUAACAACGUUCCCGUUAGCCAGGCCACUUGUUCUACAGACAACUAUGCUUCUGUUGUGUGCUACAACGGGGCAAGAAAAGAAGAUUACACGCUCUCCCUACCCAAGCCUACUUUUGGUAGUAAAGUUAGUGAGCUUGCGUUGACCUACCUCGGAGUAGAAGGACGAAUCUGUGCCGAUGGCUGGAAUGAUUAUGACGCCAAGGUUGCUUGUAAACAGCAGGGAUUCAAGUAUGGUGUCGCUUACACACAUUUUGUGGAGAAUGUGACGCAAUCGAACGGACCGUACUGGACAUCUAACUUCACUUGUUCCGGACUCGAAAAUGACCUUCAAGAAUGCCGCCACGUGGGACUGGGCCGUGUACAAAAAUGUGAUAAGCGACACUACGCUGGAACGAUCUGUUUUGAUGCCGAAGGUCCUACUUACAAGAUAUCAGGCGGGGAUCGCAAUUCAAAAUGGGGUCGUGUGGAAAUUCGCUUACCCGGAGAAGGUUGGGGUACAAUCUGCAAUACCUACUGGGGUCAAAAUGAGGCUCAGGCACUUUGUAAACAAUUCGGGUACGAUAUUGGGGAAGUGUAUCAAGGCGAGUACACCAUGCCCCCUCCACGUCUUGUCUAUGACGUCAAGUUCAUGUGUACCGGAAACGAGGACCGCCUAAAGGAUUGCCCUCAUGGAGGCUGGCUUGAUUCAUAUAUCGACACGUGUAACAGUCACCAUAGUGAUGCCGGAGUCAAGUGUCGUAUGAUUGAUUUUCCCGGAACAAGUACGAAGGGACCCGAACCAGGACCGGAGCACAGGAAGGGCAAUACAGGAUUAGUUGUGGGUGUCAUACUGGGCUGUGUUCUCGUGAUCGUCCUCUUUGUGAUAGUCAUCCUAGUUUUAAAAUGGCGACAAAACCAGAAAGGUUCUCUGGGACACGAACGGUUCCGGAACGAAAUUUUACAACAGGGCCGCGAUGGGUCAUUACAGUUACAUAACCCGCUCCAUGUCGAAAAUGUGUCCGGGUCUGAGUCGAUCGCUAUGGAUACCUCUGGUACUGUUACGUACAGAUCCGAUAACGCAGUACCUAACACGUCAAAACCACAGUAUGUAAAUCCAACGUAUGAUACAGCCCAUAAUACUACCAACAUCAAAAAGUAUGACGUGGACAACAAAAAUCGUGACAAUAUGAGCAACAACGACAACAUUCAUGUUUUGGAGCACGGUGAUGCACAUGACAUGCACGAUUCAUCAGAAUCCGCAUAUACUAAGUUGGGCCUUCCCUCAGAUUCACAUAUAUACGAAAGUUGAAAUGAAAAUUCUCAGCACGUAGAAAGGCUUUAAGAGUAUUCUUGGCAAUGAUACUUAUGGGACUUAUUCGGCUUCUAUUAGGAAAUAUUUUAUAAUGCUUUAUCAUGACCGUUUAUUAUAGAAAAUACUUUUUAGAAUUGAAACCUCAUUUAUCUGUGAUCUAUACACUGGUAACACUACACACGUACGUUUAUCGGGGGAGGGGGUUGCGACCAUUUAGUGAUUCCCAUGCCCGUCUUCCAAUUUGCCGACUUCAUUUCUUAACAGAUGUUCAUCAAUGUUUCUACAAAGGUCACGCAUGAAUUACCUUGGAUUCAACGCCAAUGUCGUCAUUAUUGCUAUCUAUAGAUCAACCAUUGUUUUCUUGUCAACAGCGUCAUUGUACAACAGUUUUAGGGGACAUCCACUUCUUGCAGACGUUAAAAAGUAAUAUUGCCAGGGUUGGGGCAUUAAGGCCAAUAUCUGCAUAUUGUAUGUCCUACGAACAUAAGGUCUUUAACUCAAUAUUUACUUUUGUCAUUUAUCAUUUAUCAUUCAAUUGUUAUAACAUCUAACAGUUUUCCUAAUUGUAUGAUAAAUGGUUAUACUGAACACUAGAGAGCCCUCAUUUGCAUUAUAUGACAUUAUUUUUCUUUUGCUAUAUUUUUUUAAUUUUAGUUUUUCAUCUUUAUUUAGUUUUGAUUAGAUUUUGAGUUGCGUAAAAUUAUACAUGUACCUUUGAUAUAUUUAGAAUUCUGCUGAACGCAUUAUCUUUAUUAUUACUGUAUAAUUCCUAUAUUAUGCUUUAGUUAAUUAUAACCACCCUGCAUAUAAAUGCAUAUUGUAUUACAAGUUUUAUUUUAUUUAUUCAAAGCGUUAUGUUAAAUAAUUACUGGUACUUCACUCUAAAAUUAGUCACAAUAAACGAUGCAGCAUAGGUCGUUUGCCUUAAAAAAAAUGCAUCUGCAAAUUUGUUCAGGAGCAACAUAUGAAUCAAAACAAUUAUAAAUAGAGACAAAGUAGAAAUGGAAAAUUGUAAGCAUGAAGCAACAUCUAGGUUAUGAUUAAAUCAUCAAUUAAAUGUUUUAAUAAGUCAAAGAUUUGAUUUCUCACAAAAUUGCAAAAAUGCGUUCUUUUGCUUCACUGUGGCGAUUGUGUUUAACCCAAGACAAGUAUUUCAGUAUGUCUCAUUUGAAUAUCUAUUAAAAUAUAAUGAAGGAUCAUUUAUUAAUCUGAAAAACCAGAACUGGUAGUGAAAGGGUGCCAACGAUGUUAGCAUUUCCGUCCUCUCCUUACAGAAAUCCCGGAUCCACUUCAGAAAUAUUUCCUCUUAUUAUGAAAACGCUCGUGAGGUCUUAUUUGUGUGUCGCUUAUUACAUGAAACUAACAGAUCUAGAUUGAAUACAAAUUCAGAGCAAAGACACUAGCAGCAGCUAUAGUGUUUAUAAAUUGCAUGUGAAAAUUGUGAUCACGCCAUGUAACGUACUGUAUAUUUUUAGAUAUCUAUGAUAUAAGCCUUAUUGUUUCUUCGUUAAGCCACAACAAUUAAAACAAACACGCUGUUAGAGUGGUUAGAAAAGGACCUUUGAAUUUUGAUAUUUUUUUUCUCCCUAAACAUUUGCUCAUGUAUGUUUCUUAAAUGUAACCAACAAAUGCUAUAAUAAUGAAGUGAUUUUUUUUUUGAAAAAAAUGAUUUUGUUCUGUUUUUGUUAAGUGACAUUGGCGUUUUACUUUGAGUUGUAUUUUCAUUACGUAGUUUUCUUUUUUGAUAUGGUUUAAACGGCAAUCAUUGUACAGCACAUGUAUUCAACAUGUUUUAAUGAAUUAAAAAUGUAAAUAGUAAUUACCAUUAAUUAAUGAAUGUUUCAUUACAUGAUGGUAUAAACCAAACAGACAUGAUCAGUGCAUAUUAUAAGACUAUUUCAUGCCAAGGGGUACGAGACGGGGGUAAUUCACCCGAAGGGUUAUUUAAAUGACAAAUUUGAAAAUCACGAAGUUGGGGUAUCCCUAUCGUACACAUCUGUACAUAAAAGAGUAAGUACCAGAAUAAGCUAAAUAACACGAAAAUGGGUUUUGACUGGCAGCCAUUUUGAAAAUAUUUCCCCCAAAGUUUUUGCACGAAGUCAUACACUGUAUCGGUCAGUGAGAUUUAACAUGCCCCAUUUCUCUUAACUGUGUUUGUAAAGAAAACAUGAAUCCCAUCUGUUUUACUUAACGGUAAAUAUAUUUUCAUUUAAAAAACCCCAUCUCGUUGGCAUUUUUCGAAUUGCAGCAUCGGAAUUUUCGCAAUUUUCACCAUUGUUGACCCUUUGUGACGUCACUCAGGUGAAACAGGAUGUAAGACAGAAAUGUAUUACAUGUUAUGUACCGUUCUAUCAUACAUACACAGAAAUGAUAGAAAACUAAUGCUACUAAAUAAAUAUUUCCUUAUACAUUCA